CAUAGACACACACUCACUCCAUUAUUGUUCCAUUUUCUCUUUUUCCACUCUUCCUUUUUCUACCAACUUGCUUGCUUCUCUUUUCUUGAUCAUCAAUUCAUUUUCCAUGAUCAUUUCUUCAGGUCUCCUCUUCAUCAAAUUACUUUGAUCCCAAAAAGAGAAGGAAAAAAAAAAACCCUCUUGAUUUUUUGGGUUGGCUCUGUAUUUCAGUUAGCAUAAGUUUAUAGUAAAUUGCAUCAAUUUUAUGAGAAUGUUGGACCUGAAUUUGAACGCGAUGAACUACGACGAGGAUGAAGAAGUCCUCGAGGAGAUUAAUGAUGUUAAGAACAAGAAUAAUGAUGAUGAGGAGGAGGAGGAAGAAGAAGAAGGAGAAGGGUGCGUGGUGGAACCGGGGUCCACAUCCAAUUCAUCGUCGUCGGUGGUGAACGGAGCUGAUGCCGGAGAAGCUGCUUCCAGCAAUGCAACCCCCGUUGACGACGACACGCCGUCUUCCUCCGACAACCAACUCCUCACCUUCAACUUCGGCAUCCUUAAAGUCAACGCCGGGAGUAAUAAACCCCCCGGAUGCCCACCAGAAGUUGCGAAUAACGACGGCCGGAUUGUCACCCGGGAGCUUUUUCCGGUCAGUAAUCAAUACGAAGAGCACCGGCCAGUAUCCGGCCCAAACGGGGCCCGGAACAAUUGGGUUGUGGAUCUUUCAUUUGGUGGUCAACCACAAGCCCAACAACAAAUACAAAAGCCGCAGCAACAACAGCCAGGGAAGAGGAGUAGAAGAGGGCCAAGGUCCCGGAGUUCACAGUACAGAGGAGUUACUUUUUAUAGAAGAACUGGCAGAUGGGAGUCUCAUAUUUGGGAUUGUGGAAAACAAGUGUAUUUAGGUGGAUUUGACACUGCUCAUGCGGCUGCUAGAGCCUAUGACAGAGCUGCGAUUAAGUUCCGGGGUGUGGAUGCAGAUAUCAAUUUCAACAUCUCUGAUUAUGAGGAUGACAUGAAACAGAUGAAGAAUUUGAGUAAAGAAGAAUUUGUGCACAUACUACGGCGACAGAGCACUGGUUUCUCUAGGGGAAGCUCCAAAUACAGGGGAGUAACACUGCACAAGUGUGGCAGAUGGGAAGCUCGAAUGGGGCAAUUCCUUGGCAAAAAGUAUAUAUAUCUUGGGUUAUUCGACAGUGAAAUAGAAGCUGCAAGGGCUUAUGACAAAGCAGCUAUCGAAUGUAACGGGAGGGAGGCUGUCACCAACUUCGAGCCCAGUACGUAUGUACCAGAAGCGUCAUCACAUCCGAUGAUCCUGCCUUCCCAUAACCACAGUGAAGGGAUCCAACAUGAUCUCGAUUUGAAUUUGGGGAUUUCAACAUCUGGAAAUGAAAAUGGAAGUUCAAGAGGGCCACAAUACCAUCCAUACCACAUUCAAAGCACUAGAAUUCCAAAGAUGGAUCCGUCUGUUAUGACUGCGAUUCCUCUUAAAGGACUACCAUUGGCAUCAGAUCACCCUCACUUGUGGGCUGGUGUAUAUUCUAAUGUGUACAACUUCAUUCCGAAUUACAAGGUAACAUUUAUGGUUUCUUAUUUUCACUCCAGUUGGAUCAUGAUCAUUCCAAUCUGCAUUGCUAUAGAGGAGGAUCUUGAUUUUUGCUUGAAUAUCUUGAUUUUAGCCUAUAGUGUAGUCGGUUUCACCAUGAGGUAGUUGAAUAAAAAAAUUUGAACUGGGUGGACUGUAAGUAGUUAGUGAUCAUUUCUUGCCUGCUCGAAGUUCAUGAAAUUUAGUUCUGAGUGAUGCUGCAAUGUGGUGGAACGCAGCAUGUUAUCUGUUGCACACGUAAACUAAGGCCCUUACUCAAACUUGCAAACUGGAAAAUCAAUGGAAACUGAUGAAUACUCUUUAGCUCCAGAAUUGUUCUUGGCAUAUUGAUUCACCAGUUUCUACUUCAUGGAUCUUCAAAGACAUAACACUAAAAGAGGUCAAUUUGACAGGAACUCGCAUCUGAGAAAAGGAUUGAAGUUGGUUCAUCACAGGGACCGCCACCAAAAUGGGCGUGGCAAGCGCAAAAUCAGUUCAGUGCUACCCCAGUGACAGUGUUCUCCACUGCAGCAUCAUCAGGAUUCUCAUCUCCGGUUACCACUGCUUCGGCCCCUUCAUCGAAGGCAUCCAACAAUUCCACCCACAACGUUUGCUUCGCUUCAUUUCCCCCGCUUGACGCGAGUACAACACAAAUCCGUUACCAGGUCAAGCCACAUUGGCCACCUACAUAAUACUCAUGUGUUUGUAAAGCAUUAUUUACAAUGAUUAGGAAUAAUAUAGCUAACAAAGCCAUCAAAUCAAGAUUAUUUGGCAACGUUUGAAUCAAGGAUGUAUACACCUAAAAGAUUCUUUCACUGACUAUUUCUUAAUAGUAAAUUUUUGUCAAAAAAAUAGGUCGAAUGUUGAAACUCCCUUAUCUGAUUCUUCAUGUGUAAUGUAGCGAAAAUUCUUAAGAGAACAGAUUUGCAAUCCAUAAACACUCGUAUCUGUGUGUAAGGUGUGUGAUGAAGGUUAGGUAUCAAUUCUCUUUUCAGCCUUAGUUGUAUGAUUCCCCUAAUUUCUUUCCUAGUACUUCACAAUGAUCUUUUUU